AUGGACGAAGAUCAGAUCCACGACUUGGCACACCAAGCACAGCUACUUCGCUUCCAGCCCGGUGAGCUCGCUUCCGACAAGGAUGAAUUUGGGACUGGCCUUUUCGUCAUCCGCGAGGGCAGUUUCAAGCUCUCGAGCACUUCCGGGGAGUGCUUUAUCGGUCCUGGCUGCGUCUUUGGAGAAUUGGACCUGCUUCAGGUCCGCGCAGGUGAUGUCGUGGCGGGAGAUUUGGGGGGCACGUGUUUUGCUGUCUCGAGCAUGGCCCUGCUGUCGAGCAUGAAGGCUGUGAGCAGGACAUUCGGCCUUCGCAACUUACGCUUCCUGACGACAGCACCUCUGUUCCGAUUUCUGGACGCACCUGACUUGGCCAUGCUGGGCAGAUAUGGUUUCUCGCUCACACACGAAGGAGGUGCUUGCAUGUACGAGGAAGGGCAGAUGCCGAAGGAGUUCCUGUAUGUUCUGAAGUCUGGCAGCCUCGUAACCUCUGCCAGCACCCGCCAGACUUACAUCUGCCCUGGCGAAUGCUUGGACCACAGGGCUGCGUUAUGCAGCAGGCCUCAUACCGAAACGGUUCGCGUUUGUGACGAGAGUGAUGCAGAUGUGCUGGCCUUGUCUUUCCAACUGCUUCACGACGUGUUGGAAGAGCAUACGCAAGACUUCCUUUGGCGGUGUGCCUUGCUUCGCAUGCUUCGUGAUUCCUGGUCUGACCGGCCCGGAUUUUGUGGCCCUCUCAUGUGGCGAGAUGAUCCGGAAAGCCUUGCAAGAGCAUGCAUCAUCAAGUCGCUCCCGGCCGGCAGCUCCCAUGGGUUCUCUGCCGAUGAGGCUCAGUCGGUUGUUUGGUAUGCCAUACUGGACGGAUCCAUGCAGGCGACGGAUGCUACUGAGGGGCCAGGCCACUGCUUUUGCCUGGGAGACAGGAUGGGAGAGUCGGGAGACUCCAAGGGACGAAGAUGGGAGAGGCUGGGACAGGCCAGCACUUUGGCAGGCUGCACUCUGGCACUACUCCUUCAGGAUGCCAUGAUUGCAACGGACACGCUCCCCACCGCGUGUGAUGACACGAGUAGCAAGCUUGAGGUGGUGAAGAACACGAUGAUCCUUCGAAGCCUGGACAGCAAGCAGCAAGUGCAACUCGCGGAGGCUGGCCACCUUGUCAUAAGGCACCAGGGCCAGUUCAUCUUCAAAGAAGGCGACCUUGCUUCUCACUUCUUCGUAAUCAAGGAGGGCGAGGUUGUGGUGUCCAAAGGAGGUGAGAUCAUUCGGACCUUGGGCGCCUUCAGCACCUUCGGCGAAGCCGAGCUUCUGAGCAAGAAGACUCGCUACUUCAGCGUCAACUGCAAGAGCGACUCGGUGACUCUGAUGGCGGUGGACACCAUGAUUUUCGAGCAGCUUGUGAAGGACCGAGUGUCCCAGCAAUUGCAUGACCAGCUGCACCUCCGGCGCACGGACAUCGCUCUCAAGGACCUCCGAAAGCUGCGAGUCAUCGGGCAUGGGACCUUUGGUACAGUGCAACUCAUGGAGCAUCAGCCAUCGGGCAUGAGGUACGCACUGAAGUGGAUCCGUCGUUCCCAGGCCAUUGCCAAGGGACAGCAGCAGAGCCUCUGCAACGAGCGGGAGUUGUUGAUGGACCUGGCCGUGACCUGA